AAUAUAUACUAGUUCCAUUACAGAAUUAUUCACUGACAGUUGAAUUCCGAGGUUGGUAGUUGUGAUAACAUGCCCAGGGAAUACUGCUGACAUGCGUGUCCCUUCAGAAAGUGGUUUUGUUCCAGCUCUGACAAUAAAAACUGGUAUCGGAGUUGCAGUGAAAGGGAAAUGUUCAUAGUGCUAGGAGAACAGAAGGAAAGGGAAAGAGAUGCAUAUUGACAAGUAGACAAAGAUAAAGAAAUAAAACAAAGAUAAAGAAACAAAGGACUGGAAAAUAAACAAUUGCUGAUUUGAUUUGCAAGAAUGUAAAACACAGCCCACAGCAAGGGAUGCAAUGAGUAACUGGUGAUAGAGAACACUGAAUCUACUCAGAAUGAUACUUCAGGUUGCCCCAAAAACAUGGGCCUGAGCGCUAUCCUGGGCAGGAUUAUUGUUGUCAAAAACCCAACUAGUUUUUUUUAUUUCAGAACUGUUAGAAACUUGCCACAAGUGACAAAGGCCAAUGAAUAUAUGACAUCCUAUACAUUCACCUAUGUCUUUUUUCCCCUUCACUUCUAGCACAAGUACAACCGAAAAAAUGGAAGAGAAUAAGAAAGAGGAGAAGCCAGGAAAGCAAGUUACAGAACCCGAAUCAGAUAUACCAGAAGCCAUACUAGAACUUCAAAUUGAGACAAAAGAAGCAACAAUUGAUCGGGUUUUGGUUCAUCUGGAAGAAUUGGAAAACAAGAUCAAAGAGUAUCAUAAAAGAAAUGAUGUUCUGAAGGAAGAACAGCAAGCACUUAUCAGGCGCCUAAUAAAACAAAUAGAAGAAAAGGAGAAAGAACGAGAUGAAAAGGAGGUUGUAACUAGGGAUGAUGUGGAAGAGUCACUGAAAGCAAUUUUUCAGUAUGUGAAGGACAAAGAACAACUUUUUAAAGAACUGCGGUCCCAGAUUGAAGAAAUUCAGCAAAGAAUUUCAGUAAAGCAGCGUGAGAGAGAUUAUUGGUUGGAGUACAAAAAUGUAGGAAGUAAAAUACACGCUGACAAGAUUAGCAGUCUGGAGAAAGACAUUAAGAAAGUUAAAGAUGAUCUUCAAAAAACUACAGAAUAUUAUAGAGAUGCUUUGAAUGCAGUGAAAGAAGAACAUAAGAGUCUGUUUGACAGGCACUUGAAGUUACUUAGUGAACAGGCUCUUAAGAGUGCUGUGGGAUACUUAGACAAAAACUGUCGCAGAGAAAUUCAAGAGAAUGAAUGGCUAAAAGAAGAGGUUAAGAUCUACCGAAAGGAAGUAAGUGAUUUGAAAGCCUCUGUUCAGCUCCUGGAAGAAGAAAAUACCAGUUUAGUGGCAAAACUGAUUGAUACCAAACUUCAGAACCAGAUAGGAUCCAGGCAUUUGUUUCUUACUGAGGCAGCUGGCUUGCAAGAAGGAUUUCCUAAGGAUGAAAUGGAAGUGGAAUAUAGAGAAUAUGCAGCAAGGGCAGAUGGAGAAGAGAGCCUCAGAAGUGCCACAGUUCCCUGUCAGAGAAAAAAAGCUUUUCCAAAGGUUCAGUCUAAAACAGAGGAUGAGACUCAAGACAGUGAAGAGCUGCGAAAAAAAUUCUUCACUACAGCCGUGGAUCACUUGCUGUACGAAGAUGAAGAUGAUUUCCAGGCAUACUUAAAACUGGGUCCUCUGAAGAGAAAGCUGUAUGUAGUUGGAAGAGCCGUGCCUACUCAUCAUAAGGAACAGGAAGAAAUGCCAAGCAGGAGCGACAGAGAGGAUGGCAGUGUUGGUAAAUCAGAUGGGCACAUCACAGCUGAGAUGAUCAGGGCCUUAUUUAAAGAAAAUGUUGAUGGAAACUAGACAAGCUGUGCUGUUAACACAGAAAUGUAACAAUCUCAGUUCCUCAAAUAUUUGCUCUGUUCUUCAAGGAGUGUAUGGCAUUGGGCUUUGUGGAAACUUUUUUGAGUGCCUGAAUCAUGAUUCACACGUGUAAGUUUAAUGAGAGGUAUGUCUGUGUGCAGAUGGCUAAUUGAAAGGUUCCUUUCCUUACCACUGAGAGAGGUUUUGUGCACUUUUGGGGCUACUCAGUCCACAGAGCAGCACAUAUAUCUACAAAAGGAUCCGAAUUAAUAUUUAGUUUGUGUGGUCUCCACUUGCAGACUGUCAAAUGCGGAAUUCCCUCUUGAUCAGACACAAAUAGGUAAAUGCAGGCUGCCAUAAAACAUAGAACUGUUACAAAAUAUUUAAUACUCUCCUAAAGCAGAAUUAAUUUGUCCAAGCAAAAUUCAACUAUUGGUACAAAUUGAGUGUUGGAAUGAAUUUUAUCUGUCUUCGUAAACUCCCUACUUAAAUAUAUUGAAAUAAACAAUUAAUUUAAAAAAAUUAAAACCAGCAUAAAAAUCUUGGAAGUCUUAAAUAUUUUGUUUGUUUAGAAUUGGCCAAAUACGUUGUAUAACCCUGUAUCUUCGGUUUGUGACUGGUCUCUAUGAACCUAUACCCUAGUGCAUUGAUGCAGUGGGGGGUUUUCCACUGCGCACCCGGGAUACCCUCUCAGGAGCACACAAUGCAGUUACUUCCCACAGGUAGGCUCUGAUGGGUGUAUUUCCUAGUUAGAAACUUGUGACAGCAUUGAAUAAUCUGAUUUGAACCCUUGACAGGUUAAUCAGCUGUUUGGAAUAAAGUUUUUUAAAAAAUUUAAAA